CGGCGGCGGUGGCGCAGGGAGCCGAAUCCCGGGAGCUGGCGGGUUGUGGGGCACGAUGCCGUAUGCCAACCAGCCCACCGUGCGGAUCACGGAGCUCACCGACGAGAAUGUCAAGUUCAUCAUUGAGAACACGGACCUGGCGGUGGCCAACUCUAUACGGAGGGUCUUCAUCGCCGAGGUGCCCAUAAUAGCCAUUGACUGGGUUCAAAUUGAUGCCAAUUCCUCAGUCCUUCAUGAUGAGUUCAUUGCUCACAGGCUUGGACUAAUCCCCCUCACCAGUGACGACAUUGUGGACAAGCUGCAGUACUCCCGGGUAUGCGCUGUUAGCGUGGAGAUGUUGCCUGGAGCCUAA